AUGGGCAGUCAAAGGCGUAUUGCAAAGGAGUUGACCGAGCUCAAUGCAGCCCCUCCAGAGGGCAUCUCUGUGGAGUUGGCCGAUGAGGCAAACCUCUACCAGUGGAAGGUCUUUAUGGACGGGCCCGAAGGAUCUCCAUACCAGGGUGGCAAAUUCUUGGUGAAUCUCGCCCUUCCCACCGAGUACCCAUUCAAACCUCCUACUGUCUCUUUCGGUACCAAAAUAUACCACCCGAAUGUCACAAAUGACGACAAGGGAAGCAUGUGUCUAGGGAUGCUCCGAGCAGAUGAGUGGAAACCGAGCUCUAAAAUUGCGGCGGUGCUGGAAUUUGCGCGCCAGUUGCUUCUGGAGCCGAUGCCCGACGACGCGAUUGAGGGUCGGAUUGCCGACCAAUACAAGAACGAUCGGAAGCGCUACGAUGAGAUUGCGCGAGAAUGGACUCGGAAGUAUGCUACAUCAAAUUAG